UUUUGCAGCUCUUUUACGUGUAGCAAUCAUGAUUUAUAAGAAAAAAGAUAUUGUAAAUUUCAUUGAUGAUUUAGGAUUGAUUUGGAGGACAUCUGACAGAAACAAUCAGCAAAUUGAGAAGAAAAGACGGCUCGUGAAACAAUUAAAAUUUUGGCAAACAAUGUAUUACUGGAUCGAUAUAUCUGGCUCCUGGGAAUAUGUUUUCGCGCCAUUAGUGUCAACAAUCAUAAGGAUUUUUAUAUUAAAACAGAACUUUACAUUUGCACUACCAGUUGGUUGUGUUUAUCCAUUCGAUCCUACUUCUAAUUGGUUUAAAUAUUUAGCCACGUAUACAUUCCAAGCUAUUAACGUUCUUCGUUACUCAUGGUUUUAUAUAGGCAUUGAAUACAUGAUGGUAAGUUUAUGCGCCAACCUAGCUAUAGAAUUUUCUAUAUUACGUGAAGAUUUACUUCGGGUUAUACCACGAGCGAAUUCAGAGUCACAUUCUACGGAAACGGAUUCAAGGGAUUCCGAAAGAAUUUUUAUUCAAGAUUUUGUACGUCGAGAUCAAAAGCUUAUAAGCUUGGCAGACAUAUUGGAUGAUGUGUUCAACAAGAUUGUUUUCGUUCAUAUCGUGAUCGUCACCAUUACAGUCGGAUUUUUCGCAUUCGCUACUACGGUGGGAACUGGUAUGGUAGGAAAAGCAAAUAAUAUCGUCGGAAGUGUAGCGAUAUUGUCCACAGCUUAUGUCGUUUGUUAUUACGGUGAAAUGUUAAAAGAAGAGAGUUCCGGUAUAGCUGAUGCGGCGUAUGCUAGUCUAUGGACUAAAGGAGAUAUUCGAUAUCAGAAAAUUAUAUGCUUUAUAAUAACACGGUCGCAAAAGCCUUGCUGUCUGACAUCAUUGAAACGAGUGCCCGUUACUCUAAAUAUGUUUAGUAAGAUACUAAGUACAACAUGGUCUUAUUUUUCAUUAAUAACUACUAUUUACUCGAGUGAUGAUAAUGCAAACUGAGAUUACAAUACGUGCACGAUAACAUGAUAGCUAAUUUAGCUCUUCAUGUACACGAAAAUAAUAUUUUAUCUCUUCAUAGUGAACACUUACUAAAGUUAUUUUUAACAAUUCAGCUGCAGCUAUAUUUAU